UCCAAAACUUUUAUUUUUCUUUAUUUGCUGCACCACCCAACCUUAUAUAUUAUAUUAAAUAAUAAAUUGGAGCCUCAUUUUAUAAAAAAUAAUCACAGAAAAAUUACAACCGUGAACGAACAACAUACCAAAAUAAAUAAAUGUCAAAAAAAAUAAAUGUAACGAAGUCAAUAAAUGUAAGUAGUGUUUUAACCCAGUAGUCCAAAAUAUACAUUUUGCUCCAUUUUAGGUUUUAAAGUUAAUAUUACUGGGUGCAAAGAGAAUUUAUACGUAAGAAAUGUGUUUGUGUAACAGAAUAGGUUGUGGAUAGUUCAUCAGCAAAACUGACAUCUGUAAACGGACAGGACGCUCUAUUGCUGAUAUGCCAGUUCCUUGCCGGUGUCGAAUUUUGUUUUCUAACCAAGAUAGUGAUCUCAGCCAUUGUUCCAAAUAAAGCAAGAGGAGUCUUAUUCUCACAAGCGUGAAUCUGCCUCAGCUAUUUAAGCCUCGGACGCUCAAAAUGCUGCUUCAGCACACGGAUGUGUAAAGCUUUUUUUUUUUCCAAAAUGGUGAUAUUUGGCCUUUUUCUGUGUGUCUUGCUCUACAGUCAACCUGGCCGCUGCAGCCACAUCUGUCCAAAAACCUGCAUCUGUGAGCAGGCAACCUCAGUGCAGUGUUUCAGGGCUCAGGCUGUUCCUCCAGUCGUCUCAAACGACGUGAAGAAAAUACACCUGGGAUACAAUCACCUCAAAGAGCUGAAGGUCAGAGAUUUUUCCGGUCUGCCAGGCCUUGAAGAAGUCGUUCUGUCGUCCGGCGGGAUCGAGCAGAUCGACGCCGACGUGUUCCGAUCUCACGUGUCGCUGAGAACUCUGGACCUUCAGAAAAACAAGCUGAGACAGCUUCCCCGCGGCCUGCCCUCUGGCCUGGAGAUCCUCCGUUUGGGCCACAACAGGAUACACAGCCUGCAAGAGUCGGCCCUGGAGGGCCUCAAGAAGCUGCGGGUCCUGAACCUCCGGAAUAACCAGAUCAGCACCCUACGAUCAAACCCGCUAGCAUCGCUCGAGAAGCUCGAGUGUCUUAAUCUGGAUGGGAAUGAAAUCGAAUCAAUACACAGCGCCCUCGAUUUGCCCUUUCUCAAUUCGCUCAGCGCGGCGAGCAACAGGAUCUCGUCCGUAUCACCAACGUUCUUCUCGUCGCUGCAGCUUCUAAAAACGCUAGAUUUGUCUUCAAACCGCCUCACCAAAGUCCCCCGCGAUCUCCCCCGCUCUCUGGUUCAGCUGAACCUGGACAGGAAUCGGAUCCGAUCGCUGAGGAGUCGUGACAUGUCCCGGCUGCACAACCUCAUUAGCCUUUCUGUCAGCUCCAACAGGCUGGUGUCGGUGGACGGGGGUCUUCGCCUGCCGAAUCUCUCUGUGUGCGAGUUGGCAGGAAACCGGCUACGAACGCUGCCUGCCAGAUUGACCUCUAAACUGCAAAAGCUGGACUGCAGGCAGAACGACAUCCGGGAAGUCACUUUCCAACAGCUAGCGGGGAUGAAGCUUCUGAAACAUCUCUUUUUGGAAAACAACUCCAUCCAGCACUUCGAAGCGAACGCCCUGAGAAACUGCAUUCAGCUGACCAGCCUAGCGCUAGAACAGAAUCUGCUUUCUGCUGUUCCUCAUGGGCUUCCUGAGACACUAGUCCGUUUGGAUCUGAAGGGGAACAACAUUGACACAAUACAUGAACGUGAGCUGAAGCCUCUCAGACGACUGCAGGUGUUAAAUCUGCGCAACAACAAACUCUCCGGCCUGCCUGCAUUGAACCUACCAAAACUAAAAGUUCUGUAUUUGGAUGGAAACCCGUGGCAGUGCAGCUGUGAACUCAUCAAGGUCAAAAAGGCCCUUUUAGCAAAGGAUGUGGAAAUCAGGCCUGAUUUCUGUAGCGAGCCCGUCCGUGAAUCUCUUGACGAAUGGCGAGCUUAUGUACUGGCACGAGAUAUCUGUGAGAAGCAGACCAGGGAUUUGUUACUGGACGGCCAGACCGAACGCAUGGACAAUGAGGAAUAUGAUGAUUAUGAUUUGUAAAUGUGAGACGUCGCCUUCCUGCAUGCUUUGUUACUGUUUGCAUCCCAUGUAGAAAAAACCCCCAAUAAAUUUAAUCUGUUGUA